AGCUGCCAGCAGAGACAUGCAAUCAAAAGAAGGUGACGACGUAUGCCCAAUAUGUAGAUCCAACCUGGACUUGCCCAUCAAAACAAGCUGUGGGCACAAAUUCUGCGGCGGUUGCUUCCUGUCUUUCUGGAACCAUGUCAAGGAGGAGCACGUCAACUGCCCGUACUGCCGCUCGCCCGUCGACCAAGUGCAAGCCGAGUUUUCAAUGGACUCCUUGCAAGAAGACUUUGAAAGGAGGGACAAAGUUGUCCGUGAGCUGAAGCAGUACAACCGCGGAUGGGGAAUAAUAAAGAAGUUGCGCAAAUCGGCGUUGGAUCUCCUACUUGACCCUCGGUGGAUGUUCCUCGUCUUCCUGGCAUUCAACUUGGCCAUGAGCAUGCUGAUAGAAAUCAUGGUUCUCGUUCUGGGCUACGAAAUCACCAGCUCGCUGCUGCCCAUUCCCCUAUUCAGGCUGCUCAACUAUAUCUUCUACUUGUUCGUCAAGAUAAUUUUGUUUCUGUCCACGGUGCUGGUCCUCUCUCAGUGGAGCACAGUUGGGCUCCAAAUUCAGUUACAAAUAUUGUAAACUGUGAUUAAUGAAG